UGUAUGAUUUGUCAAAUGUGUAAAAACUUCAGCUUUCUCCCUCAAACGCCAUUAUAAUUCUCGCGUUAUUUUCUCUCUCUCGGAAUUUUCGCGAUUUUUGCAGCAUUUUUCACGCCAAAUCACGCCAAAAUCCGCGUGAAAAGGUGCCCGAGUGUCGUGUUGGUGAGGUGCAGUGUAGUGAGUAAAGUGAAGACGAAGGAGAAACGGACAAGAUGGGCUGCAACGUGAGUACCUCAUCUAAGGAGGCCGAAGAACGCUCCAGGAAGAUAGAUCGUGCUCUGCGAGCAGAAGGGGAGAGGCAGGCAUCAGAAGUGAAACUUCUACUCCUAGGCGCUGGAGAGUCUGGAAAAUCGACAAUUGUGAAGCAGAUGAAGAUUAUCCAUGAGCUGGGGUACACACAGGAGGAAUGCGAACAGUACCGCCCAGUGGUGUACAGCAAUACAAUUCAGAGUCUGAUGGCCAUAAUUCGCGCAAUGGGACAGCUCAGGAUAGAUUUUGCUGAUCCUAGCAAGACUGACAUUGCACGCCAGUUCUUCACAUAUGCCUCAGCAGCUGAGGAAGGUGUCCUGACUCCAGAAUUGGUGCAACUGAUGAAGAAAUUAUGGUCUGAUAUGGGAGUGCAGCAAUGUUUCUCGCGAUCGCGCGAGUAUCAACUGAAUGAUUCGGCGGCGUACUACUUGAACUCCCUGGAUCGCAUCUCGCAGCCCAAUUAUGUGCCGACGCAGCAGGAUGUCCUAAGGACGCGUGUCAAAACCACGGGAAUUGUUGAGACGCACUUUAGCUUCAAGAACUUGCACUUCAAAAUGUUCGAUGUUGGUGGCCAGAGGUCUGAGAGGAAAAAGUGGAUUCACUGCUUCGAAGGUGUUACAGCAAUAAUCUUCUGUGUUGCACUGUCUGGGUAUGAUUUGGUCCUGGCAGAAGAUGAAGAGAUGAACAGAAUGAUUGAAUCGAUGAAACUUUUCGAUUCAAUUUGCAAUUCAAAGUGGUUUGUUGAGACAUCGAUAAUUCUGUUUUUGAACAAGAAGGACCUCUUUGAGGAGAAGAUAACACGAUCACCUCUGACAAUCUGCUUCCCAGAAUACACAGGUGCAAACACGUACGAAGAGGCUUCGAGUUAUAUCAGAAUGAAGUUUGAGAAUCUCAACAAGAGGAAAGACCAAAAAGAAAUCUAUACACAUUUAACAUGUGCAACAGACACGAACAAUAUACAAUUUGUCUUUGAUGCCGUCACAGAUGUCAUUAUCAAGAAUAAUCUUAAAGAUUGUGGACUAUUUUAAAAAGAGAAAGAGGCAUAUUAAAAAAGCUCUCCAGAAAAAAAAUCAUGAAGAGAAAAACACGUGUUUAAGCGCGAUUAAGGGGAUAAAAAAAUUUUUAAUAUAAACUUAUUUAUUGACAAAAAUUCGGGACAAUUUCUCGAAUUAUUCUACCAGAUGAUCAGUCUUUUGAGGAGAAAUCUUUCACUCAAAAGAAGUAUUAUUACCUUUUUUAGUCAAGUUUUUACACUGUCUUAGCCGAAUUCUUUAUUAAAAAAAAGCAAACAUUUGAGCCAAAAUUUACUUAACAUUCCUUGCUAUUUUUUUUUGGAAAGUAUUAAUAAGGAUUUCUCCUCAGAAAAAAAACAUUUUCAUCUGGUAUGAUUCAGCCCGAGCUUCGAAAAAAAAAUAAUAAAAAUAUUUUUCAAAGAAAAAAAAACUAGUAAAGAAAACCUUUAAUCAAUGUGUCUUUAGAUGUUGACGUUACGUGAUAAUGUUGUGUCUAUAUUGUUUUCAAAGCAAAUAAGAAAAGGAAAUGGCUAAACAAAAAAUAUAACAUAAACGGAAGUUUGUACAAAAAAAAUGAAGUUGAAAAAUUUAUUCAAAGAAUAAUGAAUAUUCCUAAUUGUUUUGAAUAUUUUUCUCAGUGAAAUUUAAAUCGACUGGAAUGAACGCACAAAAUGUUCAUUUGCAUUUAUUUUCUUCCUUGCAAGAGCAAAAAAAAAACGAAAUGAGAUUAUGGGCACAAAAGUCAUGAAUUUCUUCAUCAUUUUCAACAAACUAACAUUUUUUACAAUGUAUUUUUCUAAUUUAUUUUUUUUUCUACAAAAUGUUAAAGCUAUAGGCAGCUUAGAGAUUGAAAUGAAGAAAAUAUCCAUGUGUUAUAAGAAGAAUAUUUUUUUAAUAAAUUUAUUCCACGAGUA